AGCCCUAAAUAAACUUGGGCCUGUGGCCGCGGUUUGCUUCGGGAAGGUUAUCCAACGGGCAACACCGCCGAAGGAACCUCAAGCCGAGCGUCUGUUUUCGACCGCUGGGCCGGAAAGGAAGGGGGUAACAAACAAAAAAAGCAAAGGACGGUGCACGACAUUCGGAGAUAACUUCUCGCCGCCGACGAAAAGAAGAAGGCCGAUCAAGUUCCGGCGAAGCCCGUCUAAACGUUACACGCCGUUCGAACACGCUACCGACCGUCGACUUGACACCCGAACUGCAGCGACUGUAUAGUGUUUCGCGGAAAUCAUCGCCUCUGGUGCUUUUGUAGUAGGGCGGCAAGGUUUGUUGGUUUUGUAGUUGCCGGGCCGAACCAGUGCUUUGCCAUUCAAGAUGGGAGACGCAGGACCUUACUCCGACGGCUACAUGGAACAGGAAGAGGAGUGGGAGCGUGAGGGACUACUCGAUCCGGCAUGGGAGAAACAGCAACGCAAGACCUUCACGGCGUGGUGCAACUCUCACCUGCGCAAGGCGGGUACCCAGAUCGACAACAUCGAGGAGGACUUCCGCAACGGGCUGAAGCUGAUGCUGCUGCUGGAGGUCAUCUCGGGCGAGACGCUGCCCAAGCCCGACCGGGGCAAGAUGCGCUUCCACAAGAUCGCCAACGUCAACAAGGCGCUGGACUUCAUCGCCUCCAAGGGCGUCAAGCUCGUCUCCAUCGGCGCCGAGGAGAUCGUCGACGGCAACGUCAAGAUGACCCUCGGACUCAUCUGGACCAUCAUCCUCCGCUUCGCCAUCCAGGACAUCUCCGUCGAAGAGAUGACUGCCAAAGAAGGUCUGCUGCUGUGGUGCCAGAGAAAGACGGCCCCCUACAAGAACGUCAACGUCCAGAACUUCCACCUCAGCUGGAAGGAUGGUUUGGCUUUCUGCGCCCUCAUCCACAGACAUCGUCCCGACCUCCUUGACUACGGAAAGCUGAAGAAGGAGAACCCAUUGGACAACCUGAACCUGGCUUUCGACGUUGCUGAGAAGCACCUGAACAUUCCCAGGAUGUUGGACGCUGAAGACAUGAACAGCACGGCCAUGCCCGACGAGCGGGCCAUCAUGACCUACGUGUCAUCCUAUUACCACACCUUCGCCGGAGCGCAGCAGGCUGAGACCGCCGCAAACCGCAUCUGUAAGGUGCUCAAGGUCAACCAGGAGAAUGAGCGGCUCAUGGAAGAGUAUGAGCGGCUGGCCAGCGAUCUUCUGGACUGGAUCCGACGGACCACGCCAUGGCUGGAAAACCGCACGACUGACAACACCCUGCCAGGCGUGCAGAAGAAGCUGGAGGAGUUCCGCGCCUACCGGCGCACGCACAAGCCUCCGCGGGUGGAGCAGAAGGCCAAGCUCGAGACCAACUUCAACACGCUGCAGACCAAGCUGCGGCUGAGCAACCGACCGGCCUACCUGCCCUCCGAGGGCAAGAUGGUCUCGGACAUCGCCAGCGCAUGGAAGGGCCUCGAGACGGCCGAGAAGGGAUUCGAGGAGUGGCUCCUGUCUGAGAUGAUGCGACUGGAGCGCCUCGACCACCUGGCUCAGAAGUUCAAGCACAAGGCCGACAUCCACGAGGAGUGGACACGUGGCAAGGAGGAGAUGCUGCAGAGCCAGGACUUCCGCCAGUGCCGCCUCAACGAGGUCAAGGCCCUCAAGAAGAAGCACGAGGCCUUCGAGAGCGACCUCGCCGCUCACCAGGACCGCGUCGAGCAGAUCGCCGCCAUCGCGCAGGAGUUGAACGCCCUGGGCUACCACGACGCGGCGACAGUGAACGCGCGCUGCCAGCGCAUCUGCGACCAGUGGGACCGGCUGGGCACGCUGACGCAGAAGCGGCGCAGCGCCCUCGAGGAGGCCGAGCGAGUGCUCGAGAAGAUCGACCACCUGCACCUGGAGUUUGCCAAGAGGGUGGCACCCUUCAACAACUGGCUGGACGGGGCGCGCGAGGACCUCGUCGACAUGUUCAUCGUCCACACCAUGGAGGAGAUUCAGGGCCUGAUGGACGCCCACGAGCAGUUCAAGCAGACCCUGGGCGAGGCCGACAAGGAGCACAAGGCCAUCAUCGGGCUGGCACAAGAGGUGCAGGCCAUCGCCAGUCAGUACCAGGUGCCCGGCGGUGUUGAGAACCCCUACACCACUCUCACCUCUCAGGUGAUCACGGGCAAGUGGUCCGAGGUAAAGCAGCUGGUGCCCAAGAGGGACCAAGUCCUCCAGGCUGAGCUCAUGAGGCAACAAUCGAAUGAGCGCCUGCGCCGCAAGUUCGCCGAGAAGGCCAAUGUUGUCGGUCCCUGGAUCGAGAGGCAGAUGGAUGCCGUGGCGGCUCUUGGCAUGGGAAUGCAGGGUUCGCUGGAGGAGCAGCUGAAGAGGCUGCAGCAGUACGAACAGGCGGCAGCUCAGUACAGGCCGCACCUGGAGGAGUUGGAGCGCACCCACCAGGAGGUGCAAGAGGCGAUGAUCUUCGAGAACCGGUACACCCACUACACAAUGGAGACGCUGCGCGUCGGCUGGGAGCAGCUGAUGACCUCCAUCCACCGCAACAUCAACGAGGUCGAGAACCAGAUCCUGACGCGCGACUCCAAGGGCAUCACCCAGGAGCAGCUCAACGAGUUCCGCAUGUCCUUCAACCACUUCGACAAGAACCGCACGGGGCGGCUCACGCCGGACGAGUUCAAGUCGUGCCUCGUCAGCCUCGGCUACAGCAUCCGCAACGACCGCCAGGGUGACGCUGACUUCAGGCGCAUCAUGAACAUCGUGGACCCAAACAACACGGGCUACGUCCACUUCGACGCCUUCCUGGACUUCAUGACUCGGGAGAGCACCGACCGAGACACGGCCGAACAGAUCAUCGACUCCUUCAGGAUUUUGGCCGGUGACAAGCCAUACAUCACCGCAGAGGAGCUUCGUCGCGAACUUCCGCCGGACCAGGCGGAGUACUGCAUCCGACGCAUGGCCGCUUACAAGGGACACGGCUCUGUCCCCGGAGCGCUGGACUACAUGUCGUUCUCGACGGCGCUGUACGGGGAGAGCGAUCUCUAGAGGACUUGUCGCACAUUUUCGCUUUGUUAUUUAUUUUUUUCUUU